GUUUCGAGCUUCUGGACAGCGUUCAAAUGUCAUCAUGAGGAUGUUUCAGCUCCACGUUUAUCUACUUGUGUGCUGUGGAGCUGCAGAAGGUUUCAUCGAGAAGUCGGUGAAUUUGGGACAAAAUGUGACUCUAAAGUGUGAGGUGUCUGUACAUGAUGUGUUCUGGUUCCUGAUGAAGCCGUCAGAACCUCCAGUUUAUAUAUUACUCUCUUUCUCAAGCCAGUCCCUGGAUGCACAAUACAGUAACACGACCUUCAGCAAGACUUUCUCACUGCAAUAUAACAGCAGUUUAUUUAUUCACAAUAUCAGUACUAAUGAAUUAGGAGUGUAUUAUUGCAUUCAAUCUGGUUCACCUCCCGACAUCAGCAGUGGAAUCAGACUUUACAUCCAGAAUCACUCAGCUGAGAAUCAGGGGUGUAAAAUUGAGCAGAGGCAGAAUCAGACAAUCAGUACACCUGGAGAAACCCAGAGAAACCUCGUUCCCAUUCUCACCAUAUUAGUAAUAAUGAACCUGGCUCUGGCUGUUACAGUUACAGUUCGUCACUGCAGAAGAUCUCCAAAAGCUCCAGCACAAGCUCCAGAUCCUGGUUUACAACUGUGUCAGGACGCCAGCCUUGUGUAUACUCAGGUGCAGUACGUACUGAUGAAAGGAUGCAUCAGGACAACUGAACUCAACAGCACGCGCUCCUGCAGCCCGUGAACCCGUGACCCGACGCAACACGUGGACUUCACGAAGGUCAUCACAGGCAGAAAGAAGCCCCGCUCCUACAGCUACUGAUAUGUAAUGGACAAUUCACACGAGUCAUUUUGUAAAACCAGACGAAUUGAUUCAAAAGCAUGAACAAACCUUUUUAGACUUUUUGGAGGCCUAAAUUUAUAGAAGAGGCCUAAAGUGCUUUUCGAGUUGUGAAUUAAACCUGGAGUCACUUAAGGAGACGAUCUGGAAGAUUUGAAUAAGUGAGUCAUUGGACUGAAGUGAGUCGUGAUUCAGACACUUAAGGGUUCCGAGUAGAAUGUCAGCCAUUUUGAGAAACAUUUAAAAAAAGGAAGGAGGGGGCGAGCGUUGUGGUCCCGCUGGCCAUGAGAUUUCCCAGAAUGCACUGACAGUGUUUCAGUUUAAACCCUGAGGUACUGUUAUCCUGCGGUUCGACUGGCCUCGAUAGUGUGGGAAGUUACAUCAUUUCAGACUUCUGUGCAUUUGAGCUACAAAGUUGGGAAGAAACCACAGACGUCUCCAUGCCAGCUAACUGCAAUGUAAAGCAAUGUAUAGUUAGUGUUAUAGAUUUAACAAAUUGAUCUAAAGUAAAUACCUGUAUACACUCAUUUAAAAGUAAGAAUUUGUUUGCUGAAGCUGCCAUUUUGAUUUGCUGUUACUUGCUAAACUCGAGGUCCAGGAGAUGGAAUUGAGUCGAGGAACAUUUUCCUUAGUCAGAGAUUAGAAAUGAUGUCUUUGACUAAAGGUCAUCACUCAGCAUUGGCGUUACACCUUUUGCUCACUUGUUCUGUUCAUCCUGCAGAGUUUUGACAAGCUACUCAUAUUGUUCUCAUUUUCUUAUUGAGCACAAAUCACAUCCUGUAAAAAUAUUUAAAAAAAAAACUAAUUUAUUCAAUUCCCUUCGGUUGUAUGGAGCUACAUGCAGCUCUUCAGUGAUUGAACACUGGAACGUUAUAUGAGCGGCCAACGUGGAAUGUCGUUCUCACCCCCACCUUUUGGUAUCAUGACGGAAAGAGGCGGAGUCAGUUAACUGGUUACAUGAUUACACAACCCAAGCCCCACCUCCCAAAGUUUGAACUGCAGCAGUGAUGCAGGUAAUAUAUUAGCAUUUUCAACUAAGAUUUUUAAACACUAUUUUAAAAUAUUUUGUUUCAAGGUGAGAUGAAGCAAAUCUAAAUUAAAUGCUUUUAAUGGGAAAUUAUACUGAAACCUCACCUACUGUAACCUUUAUAACUGGGAAACAAUUACUCUAAACAUUGCGAGUCUGUGAUACAGGUAUUGUUAAAGAUUCGUGCAUUGUGCUUAGCUCGGUCUCUUUUUUUUCCCCCCCUCAUCUGUGGUUUUUGCACCUCUGCCACUGGGUAAGAUUGAGUUGAAGGCAGUCUGGCCUUGGAGGAAGUGGCAGAAAGGGCUUUGCUACGUGUGAAUUGUGGCUAAAGUGUAUUGAGUCUCCUUUUUGAAUAGUUUCUCAUUCAUGUCUUAAUCUUUUACUGAACAUGAGUUUAAAAAAAAGUGAUUCUUUGAGUCAGGCUUGUUUGAACACACCACUGAGUCGUACUCAUGAGAAUUCAUGUUAAGUCACGUGAUUCAACCACAAACUCUCCAGAAUAUAUUAGUGAAAAGUGAUAACAGUUUCUGAGAAUUCUCACUUCAAAAGAUCAGAUUCGACAUGCGCUACGUUCACACUGCAAGGCUUAAUGCUCAAUUCCGAUUUUUUUGUGAAAUCCGAUUUUUUUGUGAGGUCGUUCACAUUAACAAAUAUAUGCGACUUGUAUGUGAUCCUCAGUAUGAACGAAAAGCGACCUAAAAGUGUUCCGCAUGCGCAUUGCAGGAUACGACGACGUCACACGCAGUGAGCAUGGCCAGUGUUUACGGAAGUAAAACCGCCCGGUUGAGGUAUGACCCAUCCAAUCUAGCUGGAAUAGCUGUAUCCCCCCAAAUGGAAAUCAGCUCCCUAACCUCUGCGUCCUUCCAUUGAGAAGAUUCAGAACCUUCACAGCCCGAAGCGUCCCUCGCAUUGAUGUCAUGCGCAGGGGCGCAGAUACGUUUUUUGAACUGGGGGAGACAAAAAACUGGGGGGGACAAAGCUGGCAGCAAACCAACCCCAACCCCGAUAUGCCUGUCAAACUUGUUGUUAGUAACCAUAGCAACCAAGCUCGAGCUCGCAACCUGUGCAGUCUGCGCAGCUCAACCAACCGAAUAUCAGUCUUUGUUUUAUGUGAGUUGUUGCAACUAUGUAUACACUGCCGUGCACCUCAAUAAACCGAAUGGUAAUUAGUCUUUUGAUUUUUCCGUGAGGUUUGCCUUAUACAAAGAAAGACAGCAUAGACGUUUUUUCCUCCCUAUAAGUGGGGGGACCGAACGAGGUGAAUUUAAAUCUGGGUGGGACGAGUCCCCCCCCUCUAUCUGCGCCCGUGAUUAUGCGCCAUGUUGUUGUAACUUUUUUUGAGAGAUCCGCCGCCUACUUCAGCGCAGAAUAGUGACGUUUGUGGCUUGUUGAUGACGUGUAAGUCGGAUGAAUGCGACCUGGCGGUUCAGACUGAAGUCGCAUAUGAAAAGAGCGGAUAGGAAUCGGAAUUAGGACCACAUAUCCAAACGGCCUGGGUCGGAUUUGAAAAAAAUCGGAUCUGUGUCGUUCAUAUUGUCAAUAAAAGAUCGGAUACAGGUCACAUAUGGGCGAAAAGAUCGGAUUUGAGUCACUUCAGCCUGCAGUGUGAACGUAGCCAUGAUGACUGGUGGAAAAGGGCUGUAGUGUGUUUGUGGGUUUGGUACGAGCUUGUCCUCGAAAACCAAAGUUCCUUUUUCACAAUAAAUAGCAUGUGACCCUGCCAGAAGCCAUUCUCCACUUUUAUCUGUAAUUCAUCAGCAAGUUUUAUUUCGGCUGAACUUCAGUCAUAUGAUUGAUGGAGGAGAACAACAGGGGAAAAAAAAAAGUUUCAGAUGAACAUAGCCGGGGACGGAGGAGGGCUGAGAAACUAAUCAAGAUCAAACAUUUCAUAAAAUAUCUCCUCAAUCAUUUUGUUCUUUUGUCACUGUGACUCACUACUACAUGUCAUAAAAUAAACAUUAUCAGUUGUAA